AGACUAAAAUGACCUUGCUAAAUUUAUAUAAAUAUUUGGAAUUGUACAUUAGAAAGCAUCAUAGUGCAAAUUGUACACAUUCAACAUACAUCAUGCUAUCAAAGGUAUCCGUUCUUAUCGCUGUUUUCACAGUAGCUAGUGCCAACAUCCUCCUCGCUGGACAUGGACACUUAGUAAAUACUGGAGUUAGUGCCCGAAAACAAGUCCAAGAUGGUCAUGGAAAUUACGCUUUUGCUUAUGACAUCAAGGAUGGCAAAGGAGCCACCAACUCCAGAUCAGAAGUAGGAGAUGCUCAUGGAAACAAGAAGGGAUCAUACACUCUAGCUGACAUCGAUGGACGAGCAAGAAAGGUUGAAUACGUUGCCGAUGGACAUGGAUUCAGAGCUGUUGUCAAGACCAACGAACCUGGUACCGCUCACAGUGCUCCAGCCGCUGCAGUCAUCGCUAGUCCAUACGCCGCUCCAGCUGAUAUCGCCCAUGCUGCACCCAUCGCUCAUGUUGCACCCAUGAUGGGACAUGGUAUUGCCGCUCCAAUGCUCGCCGCCGCUCCAGUAGCUUACGGAGGAGUUAUUGGACAUGCUGGUCUUGGACUCGGAUACGGUGCUGGUUUGGGCUAUGGAAAUGGUCUUGGAUUAGGCAUGGGUCUUAUGGGAGUUGGAAUGAAAGGAAUGUGGUAAUUCCUACAGUUGGAAUGAUUGGAUAUUGAUAUUUAAAAUUUAUUUAUUUGCAUUGGAUUUGUAACUUUUAUAUGGUAAAAUAAAUUUUUUAAGUUAU